CAGCGUUUCCCCACCUUCUUCCGCACCCACCCCUCGGCCACUCUGCACAACCCCACCCGUGUCCAGCUCUUCAAGAAGUGGGGCUGGACCAAGAUCGCCACCAUCCAGCAGACCACGGAGGUCUUCACCUCGACCCUCGAUGACCUGGACCAACGGGUGAAGGAAGCUGGUCUGGAGAUCACCUUCCGUCAAAGCUUCUUCUCCGACCCCGCCGCGCCCGUGCGCAACCUCAAGCGUCAGGAUGCCCGGAUCAUUGUGGGGCUCUUCUACGAGACGGAGGCGCGUAAGGUCUUCUGUGAGGUCUACAAGGAGAAGCUCUAUGGCAAGAAGUACGUCUGGUUCCUCAUUGGCUGGUACGCCGACAACUGGUUCCGCAUCAAGGAUCCGGCCAUCAACUGCACCGAGGCCGAGAUGGCCGAGGCGGUGGAAGGACAUGUCACCACCGAGAUCGUCAUGCUCAACCCUGAGAACACCCGCAGCAUCUCCAAUAUGACGUCCCAGGAGUUCAUCGAGAAGCUGCAGAAGAGGUUGGGCAAGAACCCUGAGGAGACAGGUGGCUUCCAGGAGGCUCCGCUGGCCUAUGAUGCCAUCUGGGCGUUGGCCUUGGCCCUCAACAAGACCUCAGCAGAGCUGGUCAAGAAGGGGUUGCGCCUGGAGGACUUCAACUACAACAACAAGAACAUCACCGAUGAGAUCUACCGGGCCCUCAACUCCUCCGCCUUUGAGGGUGUCUCGGGACACGUUGUCUUUGAUGCCAGUGGUUCCCGCAUGGCCUGGACCCUCAUUGAGCAGCUUCAAGGUGGUGUCUACAAGAAGAUCGGUUACUAUGACAGCACCAAGGACAACCUCUCCUGGUACAACAACGACAAGUGGAUUGGUGGUGCCCCUCCAGCUGACUACACCAAGGUCAUCACCACCUUCCGAUUCCUGUCCCAGAAGCUCUUCAUCUCUGUCUCGGUGCUGGCUUCAUUGGGCAUCCUCCUGGCCAUCAUCUGCCUGGCCUUCAACAUCUACAACGGGCACGUCCGGUACAUCCAGAACUCCCAGCCCUACCUGAACAACAUGACGGCCGUGGGCUGCACCCUGGCGCUCGCCGCUGUCUUCCCCCUGGGACUCGACGGGUACCACAUCGGACCCGGGCUGUUCCCCUUCGUCUGUCAGGCUCGGCUGUGGCUCCUGGGGCUGGGGUUCAGCUUGGCCUACGGCAGCAUGUUCACCAAGAUCUGGUGGGUCCACACCGUCUUCACCAAAAAGGAGGAGAAGAAGGAGAAGAGGAAGACCUUGGAGCCCUGGAAGCUCUAUGCCACCGUGGGGCUUCUUGUGGGGCUGGACGUGGUCACGCUGAUCAUCUGGCAAAUUGUGGACCCUCUGCACCGCACCAUCGAGGAGUUCACCAAGGAGGAGCCCAAGACGGACACGGACGUCUCCAUCCUGCCCCAGCUGGAGCACUGCAGCUCCACCAAGAUGAACACGUGGCUUGGAAUAUUUUAUGGCUUCAAGGGGUUGCUGCUGCUGUUGGGCAUCUUCCUGGCGUACGAGACCAAGAGCGUGUCCACGGAGAAGAUCAAUGACCACCGAGCAGUGGGCAUGGCCAUCUACAACGUGGCGGUCCUCUGCCUCAUCACGGCGCCCGUCACCAUGAUC